AUGACCGUUCGAAAUACUCUUUGUAAACGUACAAUAAUUGCUUAUUGUAUAUUUUUCUUCACUGUUUUACUUAUUUGGAAAUAUCAUGAAAAAUCAAUUAAAAUAGAAGAAGAAGAAGAUACAUUAAAGCAAAUUAUUUCAUUAUCUUCACUAACUACAACACAUCGUACAACAACAAGAAUUCAUGAGAAUCAAAAACAAACAAAUCCAAUAACAUUUAUCGAACCAAAUCGUCUUGAUUAUUGGUUGAAAAAUAAUUCUAAAACACUUGGAAUAAAUUUAACAGCUAUUCUUACACCAAAACGACGUGGAAAAUAUCUUGUUUAUGUUUGUCAUGAAAAUUGUGGAGGUUGGGGAGAUCGUCUCCGUGGUAUAAUGAGUUUAUUUAUGUUGUCGUUAAUGCUUGAUCGUAAUUUUCGUAUUGAAAUAACUCAUCCGUGUAAUUUAACUCAUAUUCUUCGUCUAAAUUUAUAUAAUUGGGAACAACCGAUUGAUGGAUUAGUAGUUGUUGAUCCCAUAACACAUCGUCGUCGUUUUAAUUUAACACGUAAAAUGUUGAUAACUGCACCAAAUGGUCGAAAAGAAGUUCUUACAAAUGUUUCACAAAUAUUACAUAAUAAUCGUUCAAUUGAUUCAAUUUGGUCUGAAGAUGUUUUAUAUUGGGCAACAAAUAAAGAUUAUUUUUAUCAAUUAUCAAAUAAUAUUUUUUAUAGAAAAAAAUUUAAAUCUUAUGGAAUUAUGACAAAAUAUAAUAUUAAAUUAGAAAUACUUUUUCCAUUAUUUUAUGAAAUACUUUUUCGUCCAGUUGACAAAAUUCAACAACAUGUUUUAGAAUAUAAAUUAAAAUACAAAAAUAAUCAUAUUAUUUGUACACAAAUACGAACAGGAAAAAAUCCAACAAUUCCAGAUGAUAAAGUACUUCCAGGUCGUCGAAAUAUAAGUGAAUCGAUAUUUUCAUUUAUUGAUUCAAAUACUUCUAAUAUAAAUUCACAAAUCUUUUUAACAACUGAUAACGAACAAGUUUAUCAUGAAGCGCAAAAACGUUAUGGUUCUCGUCUUUUAUAUGUAUCUGGUGAAAUAACACAUCUUGAUCGUUCAUUAAAUAUUGAUCAAAAAGUUUGUCGUGAACAAGAUAAACUUUUAACAGAUUUUCAUUUAUUAGGAGAAUUAUGUGAUAUAUCAAUUAUAUCAAAUUCAGGUUUUGGUUUUUGGGGAAAUUUAAGAAGAUUUAAACCAUUUCAACAAUUAUUCGUUUUUUGUGCUGGAAGAAUUUAUAAAAUAGAAUCAAUGUGGCAUUUAUAUAAAAUGAGAGAACAAAAUCAUAAUGGUGAAUUAUGUUGA